AUGUCCUUAUUAUUGCCUGAAGGAUUCCGAAAGACGGAUCCCUCUCCUGCUUCACAUGGAUCCUACGAAAAAAUGCUGAGUAUGCUGGCGGUGACUUCUUUGGAACAUCACCCACGUGCCUUGGAUGUGCGAAUACCGCUAUGGAGGAUGAAUGGCUUGAUGAAUGAGCUUCCUGCCGCUGAACAAUGGGACGAGGCUAUGGAAGAGAAGAUGGAGGAAAAUGAGCAGCAUCAUCGGCUGAGCUCUGUCGACACUUUUGGUCCUGUGGACCGUGAGCGGAAGUACUCUUGA